CAUUUUAUCACCGCCAAGUCACGCUAUAAUUCCCUUAAGGAACCCGACGACUGCUACUGACCCGAUUGGAUAAUCCACUUCAUAGGGUUUUUCUUCAUCGUUCUCGAUCUGCCCAAAUUUUCAAAAAUCGUCUUCCAAAUUCAGGUGAAUUACAUUAGGGUUUUGAGAGAUGCCGCAGAGACACUCGAAGAACAACAACGAUCUCGCCUUCUUUACGUAUGAUGAGAAGCGAAAGUUAGGGUACGGAACACAGAAGGAGAGGCUGGGCAAAGACUCGAUUAAGCCGUUUGAUGCUUGCUCCCUUUGCUUAAAACCCUUCAUCGAUCCCUUGUGUUGCCAGAAAGGACAUGUAUUUUGCAAAGAAUGCAUUCUAGAAUGCCUUUUGUCCCAGAAAAAGGAUAUCCAAAGAAAAUUAGCUGCUCAUACUGGUCAGCAGAAGCAAGAAAAAGAAGAGGAUGAAGAGAGGUUGAUGCUGCAGAAAGCUAGGGAGCUUGAUGCAUUUGAUCAACAAAAUCAUGGUCCAGUUCCGCAGUACAAUGAUAAGAACUACAACAGAGACAAGAAUGGAUUCCACGGGGCCAACAGCGUGAAGGCCACUUCUUAUGAGGAGGAAGCACUUAGAACCAUGAAAGCAUUUUGGCUGCCCUCUGCAACACCAGAUGCACCUGCUAAGGUUGAAGCCCCAUCCACAAGCACAACUUGUCCAGAAGGGAGUGAAAAAAUUAAGAUGAAAAACCUUUUCCCUAUACACUUUACUGAAGAUACCAGUGCACAGAAGAAACAUAAGUCUCUUGACAAGAGUUUCAUAUGCCCCAGUUGCAAGGUCACACUAACCAAUACUUUGUCACUUGUAGCACUUAAUACUUGUGGACAUGUCUUCUGCAAGAAAUGUGCAGAGAAAUUUGUGGCUGUUGACAAAGUUUGCGUCGUCUGUGACAAACCAUGUAAAGAUAGAAAUCUGGUGAACGUGGAAAAGGGGGGAACAGGGUUUGCUGGCCAUGGAGAUAAUCUUGAAGCAAAAGACUUCAAACACUUGGGUAGUGGAAGUGGGUUGGGCCUGGUUAGGCCUGCCAUGAAGACGUAACUUGCAGUAUACCAGUUUGCUCAUUAGAGAUAGUGGGGCUUUGUAAUAUGGUAUUACAUCUUCUACCCGGAAAACUGAGUAUUUUCUUAUGUUGUGUUUAUUCAACUACAGUUUUACGAAAGCAACUUCUGUUACUUAUAUCCUUUCCAAUUCACAAGAGUUAUUUCAUUUGACAAGUGAAACUCGUUCGUCAA